GUCGAGGUCGACGUCGGCGAGUUCGCGGGCGACGCCCAGGCGAGCGAGACCCUGCUCCAGGGCUACCUGGGGCUGCCCGUGCGCGACCUCGAGGCGCUGCCGCUCUUCGCGCUGGGCCUCGACGGCGCGGGCCGCGUCGCGUUCGCGUCGCGCGGCGCGCGGUCCGCCGCGGCCGUGCGGCGCGGCGCGGCGCUCGACGACCUCGAGUUCCGGUCCGCGGGCGACCUGGGCCACGCGCGGCGCGAGAUCCGGCGCGUCGUCGAGGCCGCGCGCGCGCCGCGGCCCUUCACGCUCUGGCUCCGGCGGCCCGGCGGCGGCGACUUCGCGUCCGUCGUCGUCCACGCGCUCCGCUUCGGCGGCGCGGGCGGCGCCGCGCGCGUCGCCCUCGUCGGCAACGUGCUCAGCGACGCCCAGCUCCGCGAGGCCGUGGCGCUGAGCGACGCCGCGGCGCGCGGCGCGCGGCGCUGGUCGCCGCGCGUGUCCUUCGACGGCGGCGCGCCGUCGCCGCGGCGGUCGCCGCGCGUGUCCUUCGACGGCGACGCGAGCCCCCGGACGCCCCGGGGCUACUACGCCGAGUCGCCGCGGACGCCGCGCUGCGGCGACGACCGGCCCGCGCGGCGGUCGCGGACGCACCUCGAGGCGCUGCUCCUGCCGCCGCGCCCCGCGAUCGAGAACAUCGGCGACGCCAUGGACCGCCUCGAGAUCGAGAGCGCGCGGUCCCGCGGCACGCCGCGGGACGCGCGCGACGAGCCCCAGGCCUACCCCUGGGUCAUCGCGCGCGGCGCCGCGGACGUCUUCCUCCUCCGCUACGUCGCCGCGUCCGGCGCGCUCGAGGGGUCCGUCUACCGGCCCCGGCCCGGCGUCGAGCACAUCCCGCGCCUCGAGGCGCCCUACGUGACCCAGAUGGCCGCCGGCGGCGCGCGCCUGCCGACGACGACGCACGUCUUCGCGCGCGCGCCGGGCGAGACGGACCGCGCGGCCGCCGUCGUCCGCGCCGCGACGCCGCUCGCCGCGGGCUCCAUCUUCGGCUGCGGCGAGUGCUGGCACCACCUCGUGGGCCUGCCCCCGCCCGACGCCCUGGGCGAGGGGCAGGCGGGCGCGGCGGCGCUCGACGCGAUGUCGCGCGCGCGCCGCGUCGCGGGCGGCCAGCUCGACGUCGGCGCGGACGGCACGCUGUCGCGGUGGUGCGUCUACACGUCGAGCCUCCGGCCGGAGCCGUCGGACGUGCUCGCGCUCGCGUCCCAGGUGCCCCUGCCCUUCGAGCGGCUCUGGCUCAUCUGCGUCAAGGAGCCCGCGGGCGACGACGGCGCCCGGCCGCGGUGGCCCGCCUGGGCGCCCGGCCCGCGCGACCGCGACGAGCUCGAGGCCGCGGGGCGGCUCCAGUACACGUCGGCGACGUCCUUCAUCGUCAAGGCGGCGACGGUCGACGCGCGGGCCUACGAGGACGCGCGGUCCGCCGUGCUCGUGGCCAUGAACGCGCGGCAGCGGUUCCGCGAGGCCAAGGCCGAACUCCGCGCGUCCGCGGCGGGCGCGCGCGCGCGCGACGACGCGCGGCGCCUCGCGGCGGAGGCGCGGCUCCACGAGGCGCACCUCGAGUACUCCGCGUCCAAGGCGUCGCUGCGGGGCACGGCGGCCCUCGAGACCUUCCUCCGGGGCAAGCGCGAGCGCCGCGCGCUCCGCGGCCUCGGCAUCUUCGACGACCGCUGGCCCCGGCUCUACGCGCGCCUGCGGCUCGUCGAGAUCGGCCGCGCCGACGCCGGCUCCGUAUACCGGGUGCUCUACAACCCGCGGCCCCACCUGUUCCUCUACGACCCCGAGGCGUAUUCCUAG